AUGAUUACGAGGAGUCAAAGACGUGCAGCGGAGUCGACCAACAACGCACGACCACCACCCCCGCCCGCCCCGUCCAGUUCCUCGUCCACAUCGUCGUCAGGCGACGAGUUCGCAACGGCGCCUGACACAGACGGAUCCAGUGACGAGGGCGGGCCGCCGCCGCCGCCGCCACGACCACCUGCGCGACGAGGGCGGCCACCGCUGCCGGCACGCUUGGGGCCUGCGGGACAUCCUGCCCCGCCCACGGCUCCCGCUGCCGGUGGUAUAGUGCGACGCAUGAGAUGGACUCGAGACAUGAACGAGAAUGUCAUGCGCGCCUAUUAUGGGGCUACAGAGGGGGGAACACAGCUAUCCGCCUAUCGUUCGAGAAUACUGCCUCUGUUUCAGGCUCUUGAACCUACCAUCACCGUGUCGGAGCAGCGAUUAUCGGAUCAGGUGCGCGUCAUUCAGCGGCUAAAGCGCUUGGAUGACGCGACACUUGAUCGGCUUCGCCAGGAGGCUCUCUCUGCUCGCGCGGACUCCACCUCGGUGCGGGAUCUGCCCGCCACGUCGCCGGAUCCGGUGCCCGCACCCGACCUGGCACCGGCGGCGCCACGGGUUGAUUUCUGUACCGACGAGGGGGACUUCGCGAGUCAGAAUGUGAGUACAACUGCUAAUGAGCAACUGAGGAGGACUUUGGAAGAGGCGAUUACGCAGUAUCGCGCCACAACCAACUCUAGGCCCCGAUUACCACGUCUGCCUAUGAAUAGACGCAAUCUAGCGCUCAUGGGAGCCCUAAACGCUUUACUAGAACCACAUCUGCGGACUAGUAAAGAUUUAGAUGAUACGCACUCGAUCAUGUACUGCGGAGCCAUCGCGGCGUGCCGUGUUGCUCGCGUCAAGUUCCCGGACGCUGAACGUGCACCUAGGACCGCCGGAGGUGUCCCUGCAUGGCAAGUGCGGAUCGAGCGACGUAUCAGCUCGUUUAGGACUCUCAUCGCAAAGCUGAUCUGCUUCAGGGAGGGCAACAAUCGCCCCCGAGUAAUGCGCUUUGUGAACCAGGCGUUCGCGGGGACGGAUAUCAGGCCCCGCGACUACAUGGCCAAUGUCACAGAGCGCAUCGACUUUCUAAAGCAGAAAGUCUAUGCAUGGGCAAACCGUAUUCGCCGCUACAGAGAGCGUGUGGAUCGAUUUCAGCAGAAUCGCCUUUUUCAAAGUGACCAAAGGAAGGUGUACCGAAAGUGGGAGGAAACCAACCUUCGUACGCCCGACACGCAGCCGCCGGAUGUUACUGCCAUGACCGACUUCUGGCGUAGCAUCUGGUCGGUGCCUGUCGGACACACCGAGGGGGGUUGGAUGAGUGUUGUCGAACGUGAGUGCGAGUCCAUCGAACCUAUGGGGGCAGUCACCAUCAGCCCCGAUGACGUCAAGGGUGUAGUCAUUUCUCACCUUCUGUACAUGGAUGACCUCAAAUUAUUUGCACCAAAUAGCCAAGACUUGUUGGAGCUACUGAAAACCACGGAAGUCUUCAGUAGUGCCAUCCACAUGGAGUUUGGUGUCGAUAAAUGUGCGGUUAUGCAUGUACAGCGGGGGAAGGUUGUAAAUUCAACAAAUUUACAACUCUCUGAGACAAUGUCUUUCAGAUCUAUCUCUGAAUCAGAAACCUAUAAAUACCUUGGUAUGUCACAGUCGUUGGGUAUUGAGGACGAGGGUAUUAGACGGUCGGUGAAGGAGCGCUUUUUCAGUCGCCUCACAAAAGUCCUUAACAGUCUUUUGUCAGGAGGCAACAAAGUGCGCGCCUUCAACGCCUGGGUAAUGCCCCUACUCACAUACUCCUUUGGCAUACUAAGGUGGACUCAGACCGAGCUGGACGCCCUGGAUCGGAGGGUCCGGUCACUGCUCACCACACAUCGCAUGCUACACCCACGCUCGUCAGUUAUGAGAUUGUACAUCCCACGGAAGUGUGGAGGCCGAGGCUUCCUAAACGCCAAGGAUCUCCACAACCGCGAGGUUUACAAUCUCAGGAAUUAUUUCCUUAACAACGAGUGUGGGAUGCAUCGUGAUGUGGUGGCAGUAGACAGGAACCUCACGCCGCUCUCCUUGGCAAACGAGAACUGGCGCAAACCUGUGGUACUAAGUACUGCGGAUCGCAAGGCGGCAUGGGAGAGUAAGGUGCUACACGGGCGGUUCUACAAGGCCCUCACGGGACCCGAUGUGGACCUGCUCGCGUCGGUGAACUGGUUACGAUUCGGGGACCUCUUCGGAGAAACCGAGGGUUUUGCCUGUGCAAUUGCGGACGAAGUGAUGAUGACGAACAACUAUCGGAAAUAUAUCCUGAAGGACGGUACGGUCGACAUUUGUCGGGCAUGCCGCCGUCCCGGAGAGUCACUCAGGCAUAUCAUUUCCGGUUGUUCUCAUCUUGCUAACGGCGAGUACUUGCACAGACAUAAUCUCGUAGCCAGAAUUAUUCACCAGCAACUUGCUCUUCUAUAUGGCCUUGUGGACCGCGAAGUACCGUACUACAAGUACUUACCUGCGCCUGUUCUCGAGAAUGGUCAUGCCACGCUCUAUUGGGAUCGAUCUAUCAUCACAGACAGGACUAUUGUAGCCAAUAAGCCUGACAUUGUGAUAAUAGAUCGAUCGCAACGUCGGGCCGUGCUCGUUGACAUCACCAUCCCCCAUGAUGAGAAUCUCGUGAAGGCCGAGAAGGACAAGUCCAGUAAGUACCUAGACUUGGCUCACGAGAUAACCGCCAUGUGGGAUGUUGAUUCGACGAUCAUUGUCCCGAUAGUCGUUUCAGUGAACGGUCUAAUAGCGAAGAGUCUCGACCAACAUCUUGAGAGACUCUCGCUAGGUGGUUGGAUCAAGGGUCAGAUGCAGAAGGCGGUGAUCUUGGACACGGCGCGGAUAGUCCGCCGCUUCCUCUCUCUGCGGCCCUGACCACCGGUAGCUUGGGCCUUGCCCCGCUGCUGGCGGUACCCUAGGUUAGGUUUUUUAUAAUGUGUUUAUAUGUUU